CUGAAAUGUGUUAUUUUUCACAAUAAAGAUAAAUAAACAUGGAUGAACAAGUGUAAUUUAUAAAAGGAAAUAACUUCAUAUGAAUUUGAAAAAUGAAAUUAAGAUAAUACUGUAUAUAACCAUGGUAGCAGUACUGAUUAUCUGUAUUCUAAUGUUUGGUUUGAAUGAGGUUUGGUCUUUUCAUGACGCUGUGGUAACAUCAAAUAACAGAACAAGUGAAGAUAUCCAUCCAUCCGAUAAAGCAAAACUUCUUUCGAAUUUUCCUUCACACGAUAGAAAAGACAACAUCAUCACCGAGUUACACAGUGAACCAGAAAAUACACUAUCAUCCAUUACACAGUUACUUUUGCAAAAUCCUGGAGCUAUUCCAGGCGGAGCAAUCGAGUUAGAAGCUAACGCCAUCAACAAUAUCAUCCAUCCAAAGAUUUCUCUAAAAACUAAUAAUAAAACCGCAACCGCAAAAGGAUAUGUGAUAAAUUCGCCUCGGAAGACGGCAUCGCCUUCAGUUAACAAUGCCUUAUCUUUAAAUAUUGUAGAUGAAGGCAUCGAUUUAGAACAAGGACAUGACAAUACUAUGAGGAAAACACAGCGAUUAGAUGGGUCCGUUAAUCAUUUACGAAGUGACCCAACAAACAACAUGAUAGCAACAGAGAGGAACGAUUUUUAUAUCGAUGAUGCAAAAGAAACUGAAACGCGAUUCCAUAAUUUAUUAAAAACUGGUAAAACUGACAAACCUUUUAUAUCAACACAUCGUGUAUUAGCGGAUGACAAAAUACAAUUUAAGGUAGGAACAGAAAAAAUAACGCCUAUACCUCAUCAAGUUCAAUUAAUGACAUCACAAAAACAGUAUGAAAUAACGACUAAAUCUACACAGAACAACAACAGUGAAAUUGAUGGGAUUGUAAAACAUGCGAUCACAAAUUCAUUCCACAGGACUGAUAUUGGGGAUAAAGAUGAUACAAUUUCUGAAAAAUCUGUAAUUGAUACCCAUCAUUCAAAUAUAGAUGACUUAUUGAAAUACCGAAAAUUAACAAGUGCUGUACCGCUGAAUGUUGCACGCUUAGAGAGAUUAACAAGAGUUGAUUCGCGGAAUUUAACGCAAAAUAUUAAACUAACCAGUAGCAUUCCAGUAAUUAGUACAGCUACGAAAACUGUUCCACGACGGGAAAUUAAACAGGAGCAAAGUUAUUCAGAUGGUCACAAAUAUAGUAAAAACAACGUAGGCACAACGAAGGAAACCCGAGAUAAUUAUAAUGUGACGGGAAAAGAAAAAAAUGAUAAUAGUUAUUCAGAUGGUCACAAACAUAAUAAAAACAACGUUAGCACACUGAAGGAAACCCGAGAUAAUGCUAAUGUGACAGGAAAAGAAAAAAAUGAUAAUAGUUAUUCAGUUGGUCACAAACAUAAUAAAAACAACAUUAGCACACUGAAGGAAACCCGAGAUAAUGUUAAUGUAACAGGAAAAGACAGAAAUAAUCAUAGUUAUUCAGAUGGUCACAAACAUAAUAGAUACAACGUAAGGACACUAAAGAAAACACGAGAUAAUUAUAAUGUGACAGGAAAAACAAAAAAUGAUCAUAGUUAUUCAGAUGGUCACAAACAUAAUAAAAACAACGUUAGCACACUGAAGGGAACCCGAGAUAAUUCUAAUGUGACAGGAAAAGACAGAAAUAAUCAUAGUUAUCCAGAUGGCCACAAACAUCAUAAAUACAACGUGAGGACACUGAAGAAAACCCGAGAUAAUUACAAUGUGACAGGAAAAGAAAAAAAUGAUCAUAGUUAUUCAGAUGAUCACAAACAUAAUAAAAACAACGUAAGGACACUGAAGAAAACUCGAGAAAAUUAUAAUGUGACAGGAAAAGAAAAAAAUUAUCAUAGUUAUUCAGAUGGUCACAAGCAUAAUAAAAACAACGUAAGCACACUGAAGGAAACCCGAGAUAAUUAUAAUGUGACAGGAAAAGAAACCAAUUAUCAUAUUUAUUCAGAUGGCCACAAACAUAAUAAAAACAACAUUAGCAAACUAAAGGAAACCCGAGAUAAUUCUAAUGUGACAGGAAAAGAAAGAAAUGAUCAUAAUUAUUCAGAUGGUCACAAACAUAAUAAAAACAACGUACGCACAGUGAAGGAAACCCGAGAUAAUUCUAAUGUAACAGGAAAAGAAAAAAAUUAUUCUUCCAAAUUUUCAUCACGUAAACAUAAAAAUCAUACGAAAGUCAGCCACAUUCAAAACAAGAUAAUGAAAAGAAAAAUCAUAAAAGAUAGUCGUAUGAAUAAGACAAGUAUGUUACCUCAAGGAUCAGACAGCAAAAACAGCAUUUUGGAAAAAAUGGAAAGUAAAGUAUCUAAAAUACAAAGAUUAUCCCCGUCAGUUAAAACGGAAAAAAGUAACACACACAAAGCCUUAUCGGAUACAAGUGUUGUCACCUCAAAAAGGAGAAAACGUAGGAGAAGAAAAUAUAAAAAUGAAUCACGACAAAGCUCCUUCAAAAAUUAUACCAUAGCUUAUGAGGCAAACAACAAAACUGUCCAUUUGGUAAAGGAAAAUACAACGUCAGAGCAUAAUUUGACAAGUGAAACAAUUAUCAAACACAUUAGCAAACCCAUAUUAUUAAGUAGUGAUCAUAGUAAUCAAAAUUUAACUAGAAUGUUUGAAUUGGAAAAGAAACCAAUACAACGACAAAAUGUAAAUAUUUCAAGAGGAAGAGAAAUCGAUAAAGAAAAUGUUACGAGAAAACCCGGACCGGUUUCUAAGAGAAUCGGAAAAAUUGUUUCAUUGCAUUUCAAUAAGUCUAAACUAGAAAUAACAAGUCAAAAUUCCAACAACAAGACUAUAGUUAUCAGUACAACUCAACAACCCAUAAUCAUUGGGUCAACCAAUAAACAAACAUUUAUGGCCAAUAAGACAGAACAAGCAAAGGUUCAAAAGCAUGACUUGAAAAUCAAAGACGUGAACGGAAAUGAAAACAAAGACAUGAACGGAAAUAAAAACAUAGACAUGAACAAAUAUGGAAACAAAGACGUGAACAGAAAUGAAAACAAAGACGUGAACAGAAAUGAAAACAAAGACAUGAAAAGAAAUAAAAACAAAGAAGUGAACAGAAAUGAAAACAAAGAAGAGAACAGAAAUGAAAACAAAGACGUGAACAGAAAUGAAAACAAAGAAGUGAACAGAAAUGCUAUUCGCAUUAAUCAGUCUAAACUAGAAAUAACUAGUCAAAAUUCCGAUAACAAGACUAUAAUUAUCAGUACAACUCAACAACCCAUGAGCAUUCAGUCAACCCAUAAACAAACAGAUAUGGCCAAUGAAAGUUUAUAUGAAAAGACAGAACAAGCAAUGGUUCAGAAGCAUGACUUGAACGUCAACGAGAACAAAGACAUGAACGGAAAUAAAAACAUAGACAUGAAUGGAAAUAAAAACAUAGACACGAACGGAAAUAAAAACAAAGACAUGUACGAAAAUAAAAACAAAGUCAUGUACGGAAAUAGAAACAAAGACUUGCACGGAAAUGCAUCAGCUAUUCGCAUUACUAAACGCAAUAUGAAUGACACACAAGGAAACAAUAACAAUGUUACAGCUAAUGAUUUUAAUAAGACACACAUACUUGUUAAACUUUCCAAAGUUCAAGUAACUGGUAUUCCAAUUCCUUUCAGGAGAUACUCAAAGUUAACUACGUCAAGUUAUAGGACGACAACAGUAUUCAACGCUAAAGAAACCAAUAAGGAACCUGUUUCGAUGAGUAAAUCAUUUUAUUCGACAUCAAUUCCAGCUACCAAAAUGAGUAAUUCCGAUAUAAAUGGGCGUAAUAAAACUGCACAUUUAGAAAAUAUUAAAAUUCAUGAAAAUGAAAAUGACCAUAUGACGACAGGAGAUCAGCGUGACCGAAACAACAUUACAGACAAUGCCUUUAAUCGCCCUGAACUAUUAUCUACCAUCACAACAGUUAAAACUCAUACAAAAAAUAUUCCCAAGAGCAAUGGUCCAAAAUCAACUCAUUCAAAUAAUUCAUCUCAAAUUAUUGAUAAGGAAAGUCUUUUUGUAGACAACACUGGUCAAGGUAAUCCAUGGGACCAAUGGUUGGGUUCUUUGUCGACAAAUGAUAAAUAUCCACUUCAAAUAGAACCCAGAUUUGAAAAUAAAACAAAAAUAGUUGUUCCAGUUCAAAACUCUGCAAUCAUUCAUAACAAAUGGGAAUCCAAUUUGACUUCUACCUCGAGUACUCUAGACUUCCCAAAUUCACCACAAAUGCAUAGUGAUGUGUCAAACAAAUAUGAGACAACAACAGCAGAAAAUAUAGAUACUUUUAACAACUUGGAUUAUCACACAUUUGUUGGUAAGUCAGAGGUUGUUACCGAUAAACAGGCUACAAACGUUUCGAAGAUAUCUGAUUCAACCUCAAAAUCACAAGCAGAUUUACUCACCAAGUGGAAUACAUUAUUACAGCAGUUUAGAAAAGAUAAUGCCAGGAAAAAGUCCAAGCUAGUCCAACUUCUACAAAACAAAUCAAAAAGUAAAACUUUGAAAGAAAGACACGAUGUCCGUUUCCAAAAGAAACCGACAUCUAAAAAUAAAAAUGUAAAACCUACAGUUGAAUGGCUUGGAAUAUAUAAGGAUCUGAUUAAAGAGCAAGAUAAAAAUGUGAUUCCUGUAUCGAACAAACACCUUCACCAUUCAAGCCACUCAUCACUUCAUGACGGAAAUGUGCAUUCACAGUUUGUUGGAGAGCAACUAAAGACUAGUUGUAAAGAAGAUCAAAGUUAUAAAUUAGCAUUGAACGUAUUACAAACAAUACUGAUGAACAUGAACAAUAUAAAACUACCUGUACCCAAGAAAGCACAUAAACGUAGGUAUUUAUUGAUUCCUCUUGGACCGGAAAAACCCGAACCUACACAAAGUUGGACUGACAAUGAAUAUAAUAAUCAUCAUCCAAAUACUCUGAUGGAAGAGCGAAAUAUUUAUCCUUCAGAUGGACGGAUUCCCUAUCGUAUACGUCCACAAAAUCCAUCUGUUCAUAUGUCUGUACAUUCAUCGUUUUGAUUUUAGUGUAGAAAUUAUUAUUUUAU